AUGUUCAGGAGUAAUUAUCAGGGUGGAGCUGUGGUGGAAAUAUUCAGUGGACAAGGAAAGGACCCUGUAGCCAAAUGGAAACUUUGCGGAGGCCCGUCAGCCAUACAUAAGGAAUACAAUAAAGAAGUGAAAGGCUUUGUUUACUGUUUGGAGGGUAGCAGCCAGACAGUCAAGAUGCAAAUGCCAGAGAAUGGGAAAAUGUCUCUUGGACUUCUUCAACGUUUCUUGGUCCUUCAAGUGAAUAUUCCCCAGUGCAAGGAUUUUUCUAUUGAGCUUAUGAUAACUGAUGUAGAGCACCGGAAAAGAAGACUUCACUUGUCAACAGUGCAUAAAGAGUUGUCUGCCACACUUUUGCAUGCAAGGAUACCUUUUGUUGGAUUGAAACGCAGUAUUUGGUCUACUUUGUGCAUCGACCUUGAAUCAUUCACCGGGGAACUGUUCAAGGGCUUUUUGACACUGGAUGGCAUCACAUUGUUUGCCACUUGUAAAGUCCGCAGAAUCUUCACCAUGAAAACAGAGCCUACAGGAAUGUCAAAUGAUGAUAUGUUUCUUAGUGGUGCUGGUAUUAUGGACUUGAUACCUCGCAGUUGCCGCUUCCCACCAGAUGUAAAUCACGUCACUCAGGUGUUGAACAUGGAUCAUUUGCAGAAAGCUGACAUGAGGCCUGGACUAUUGAGCUCUGACUGUGUUCCUGAUCACUCGACCACGGCGAUAUCAACUGGUUAUCGACGAUCCAGGCCCCAGGGGGUUUUACACAAAGCCUCAGGCUCCACACUUUCAGGGCCACCCCCUCAAACUGGAAGAAAAAGCAGUGCAGCCUCAGACGGAAUGGAUAAAAAUGUACUCUUUUUCUCAAAUGGAUCCCCAUCCAGAAGAAUGGACCAAAGAGUUACUGCAGAAAGUGAGAGCCUUGCCAAGCUGAGGGAGAAUUUAUCACACGGAGAACCUUCCCCCAUUCUUAUUGAGGGGACACUUGGCACUAUACAGCCCCAUCCCCCAAGAGACAGAGUGUUUGACAAGCAGGGAUAUAAGAAGCUACGAGUCUACAGUGCUGGAAGAGAGAGGCUAGUAUCGUCAGCAACUCCCGACGCUGUACCUGGUGGCCAAAGAAAGAGAAGUAAAACUAGGGAGAAGUACACUGCUCCACCCAGUUGGCAAGAGAGCAAGCAAGAACCUCUGACCCGAACAGAAAAGACAGAUCACCUAACAGCAGAUGUGUAUACCUGCACUCCUGCCAAGGAAAGUUCAGGAGCUGCUCUCACAGCAGCAGAGUCUCUCUCCUACUCGAUCUGUCCAGCUUUUUCUGGUGACCUGCAGGUCUGGAGCAGCUGGGAGAGUAAUGAGGGGCCCGAGCCCCAGCUCACUCUGCAAGGGGAGGUGUUCACAUUCUCAUCGCAGCCACACUCACCCAAACCUGGGCAAGGCCAGGGUAACCAGGAGAAGACGGAGAUGGGAGAUGAUCAGGUUCGGAACAAAAAUGUGAGGCGGACCGAGGCCCAGCUUGAGGAUGACUUUAUCGGCAGUGAAAGUGAUGAGGAUAAGAGCUACAACACGUUCAACCCUGUCACUCCCAGAUCUCCCAGUCUAACUCUAGAUGUGCAACGUGAAGUCCAUCCUGAAUCUCACAACAUUGAUCAAAUAACACCAAAAGAGCUCAAUCCAGCUACCACCGGUAUGCUGUCUCCAUCCAGUGCGAGAGCUGAACCAGCUGGGAUCGCCCCCACACGCUGCCUCUCACCAAGCAGACAGGAAGUCAAGUGUGGCACGCGUGGAUCAGAGGUGGUGAACCAGGUUGUGGAUGAGAACAGCAGUGUAUCGCUUUCAAGGAGACUCCUGCAAGAAGUCAAAUUGGAUGACUCCACACAGCACAAGGUAAUCGUUUUAAAGGCAGAAGACAACAACACUCUGAAGCCUGUUGACUCCAGCGAUUACAACCUACACAUGCUUAGCCGUCUGCGGAUGCACGGCGAUGAUGAUCACGAGCUUCGAAUGCUGGCAAGUCUAAAAAGGGAGCAGGACAAAUAUGAAUGUAGAGCCUCAGGCCUCAGUGCAUCACAGAUCCACCACUGCAAUGUCAGCAUCAGCAUGAGCAGUGACGACGCCUCUACCUGGACCCACAUCUCCACGCCAGCUAAUCAGGGUCACCACUAUCAGAAGGAAAUGAACCCCCUCCUGCAAUCAAACCCCAGGGAGUGGAUGGACGUACUCAGCCCUCCUAUUAUGCCUCCCAGCGAGCGGAGAAGGUCAGGCAGCAGUCGUAAGAAUUUAGAAGAUCUAAUCGGAGGACGGGACGAGUCUGUAAAGGACGAGGAGAAGGAGGAUGAGUAUUUGAAUCUGCUCUAUGACCCCUGCCUGAACUGCUACUUCGAUCCAAAGACUGGGAAGUACUAUGAACUAGCUUGA